ACCUGUAUCCUACACAGAUCAUGCUCAGACCAGCCAUCUGGGGGGUCACAAGCAGAUCCAAGUGUCAAGAAGAAAACCGCUUUGGCUCCUGCAACUUCCGUGGAUCCUUCUCAUGAUGUGUUGUCACCUGAUGUCUUUUCUCCAAUCAGAUCCACAGAGAACCCGGUGAAGAUGAAUAUUGAACAAGUUAAGAAGUUUACCUCCUUAGAACGACAUGGAUCAAGAGAUUCUCUUGGCAUGGAUGAUGUUUUAUCUCCAGUUCGGCCAAUAACACAUGCUCCUGAAACAGCUGUUUCACCUCACACUUUAGUUGUUGCAUCUCACAACGUAGAUGAUGAUAUCUUUUCUCCAGUAAGAGGAGCAUCAAGUAAUACAGGACUGCCUAAGAUUUCUGCUGGAAUGUUUGAGUCUUACAAAGGACAUGACUGUGAAGAUGACCUACUGUCUCCAAUCAGAUACAGAAGUAAUUUCAUCAGACAGUCUGGGAGUACAGGAAGCAUACACCAAUAUACCCAGAUACCACAUGUGUUGUGUGGUUGUAUGUGGGUCAACACGCCCACGCCCACCUACAGGCACCCACCAGGACAUACUACCAUGAAUAAUUGCGCAAGGACCUCCAUUUCCACAGGGACAAAGGCCUAUUGGGGGACCUUAAGGGCAGACCCAUUUAUAACCCCCAGUACAGCACCGAUGCCCAGGCUCCGUGUUAUUAUACGACCUACACGUUUCUAA